CACUUAAUCCAUUCUCGACUGGGUAUGAGUGACCAGGUUACCCCAGCAAAGGCCUCAGAGCAGGCAGCCUCCAGGGCGGCGCUCAUGAAACUCCUCUUUUUCGCUGCAACACUCGCCAUCCUACCAAUCUCAUCAUACUUCCUCACAGAAAAAUACGUUUGGUCUGGCAAUUCUAACUAUGCUGCAAUCACCGCCAUAUGUGCUGCCAAUGUAGUCCUCAUCGCUUACAUCGUCGUUUCUUUGAUGGAAGACAAACAAUUGUUCAAGGAAGCGGAGGAGAAGAAACUGUCAGAAACCAAGAAGGAGCGAUAAAACCUAUUGUUACGGUAAUGCUCAGGCUGUCGUUUGUCGUCUAGGCACUUUCAAUGCAUGCAUUCUUUCUGUUCAUUUCCGCUUUGUGCAAAGGGGAUCGGUCAAACAGAUUGCUGAGGUCCAGACUGCGGCUUGUUGUAGGAUACAAAUUAUUGAAAGUUCGAGGUCUUUGUUCAGUCUUCCAACUUGGUAUAUACUACGUCAUCCAAAUCAUGAUUCAUAUUUAAUAUUCAACUUCCA